AUGUCAACUACGGGGGGCAACCCGGAAACAGGUUUACCUGGCCAGUUCUUUGGUGGUUUACCUGGCCAGUGCUUUGGUGGUUUACCCGGCCAGUUCUUUAGUGGUUUACCUGGCCAGUUCUUUGGUGGUUUACCUGGCCAGUUCUUUGCUGGUUUACCUGGCCAGUUCUUUGGUGGUUUACCUGGCCAGUUCUUUGGUGGUUUACCUGGCCAGUUCUUCGCUGGUUUACCUGGCCAGUUCUUUGGUGGUUUACCUGGCCAGUUCUUUGGUGGUUUACCUGGCCAGUUCUUUGGUGGUUUACCUGGCCAGUUCUUUGGUGGUUUACCUGGCCAGUUCUUUGGUGGUUUACCUGGCCAGUUCUUUGGUGGUUUACCUGGCCAGUUCUUUGGUGGUUUACCUGGCCAGUUCUUUGGUGGUUUACCUGGCCAGUUCUUUGGUGGUUUACCUGGCCAGUUUUUUGGUGGUUUACCUGGCCAGUUCUUUGGUGGUUUACCUGGCCAAUUCUUUGGUGGUUUACCUGGCCAGUUCUUUGGUGGUUUACCUGGCCAGUUCUUUGGUGGUUUACCUGGCCAGUUCUUUGGUGGUUUACCUGGCCAGUUCUUUGGUGGUUUACCUGGCCAGUUCUUUGGUGGUUUACCUGGCCAGUUCGUUGGUGGUUUACCUGGCCAGUUCGUUGGUGGUUUACCUGGCCAGUUCUUUGGUGGUUUACGUGGCCAGUUCUUUGGUGGUUUACCUGGCCAGUUCUUUGGUGGUUUACCUUGUCAGAGCUUUGGUGGUUAA